UUCUCGCCUCCCGCGCUCCACACGCGCUACCGGGCCGGGCUCUGCUCCGCCGCGGCGCUGGUGCUGUUGCUUAUCACGGUGCUUACCUAUGUGCCACCGCUGCUGGUGGCCUACCGGAGCCACGGUUUCUGGCUGAAGCAGAGCGCGUACCUGGAGCAGCCCACUGUGCGGUUCCGGUACGAGGUGCUCUUUGUGGCCACCAUCGGGCCCGGCCCGGGCAGCUUCUUGGCGUGGAGCACGUUCCCAGCGUUCAACAGGCUCCAGGAGGACCGGCUGCGAGUUCCACUCGUGUCGACUAGAGAAGAAGACAAAAACCAAGAUGGCAAAAUGGAUCAGUUGCAUUUUAAAUUGGAACUUCCGCUACAACCUACAGAGCAUGUAGUUGGUGUUCAGCUGAUUCUACUCUUUUCCUACCAGCUUUAUCGAAUGUCAACACUCGUGAUGCAGAGCAUGGCUUUUCUUCAGUUUUUUUCUCCUGUGCCAGGGUCUCAGCUCUAUAUGAAUGGAGACCUGAAAUUGAACCAGAGGCAAUUACUUAACCAUUGUGGACUGGAUACCAGAUACAAUGUGUCUGUGGUCAAUGGCACAAGUCCUUUUGCGAGUGACUAUGAUCUAACAAACAUCAUUGCAGCAUAUUGGGAUAGAAAUGUGACAACAGUCUUUUCAGAUCCCAACCCUGUUUGGAUGACUGGAAGAGCAACAGAUACACCAUUUAUCAUUAACGCCACUGUUCGUUACCCAGUGGAAGUUAUCUUAUAUCCUUUGAAAGCUGCAUAAACUGUGACGUAACUGGGUUGC